AAUAUUUGUGCAGUGAGUAGACAAGCACGGCCUGUACUUCUCUGUUUUUUCCAGAGUAGUUCCUCUGAUUUUAGACUUUAUUUUCUAGACCAUCAUUUUCUCUAAAAUGUGCAUCUCUCUUCAUAUCACUGACCUGUCCUUUCUGCUGAACCCCCCCCCCAACCCCCACCAGCCUUUGCACUGUCCCUUUCCAGGACAUUCUGGUUCCCAUUCUGGGUCUAGUCAGCAUGCUCAAAAGCUAUCUUAUUUAGGAAUUGUUCUAUUAUGUUAUUCCUCCUCAAUAUCCACAGGAUUGUUUUAGACAUAGUUUGUUUGCUUGUGUUUAUUUUUUACGAUUAUUUCAAGCAUAUAGGAAAGCACAGAGAAGCUUACAGCAAAUGGCCAUGCACCCACUGCCCAGAGUUGCAAGUCUCAACAUUUGUCAUGUUUGCCUCAGAUAUUUUAAAGAAAUGAAAUGUUAAAGGGACCAUUAUAGGCCUCAUUCCCUAUCCUCUCUUCCUUCCUAAGAGAUAGCCAUGAUAGGGACAAUUGUCAAACUAGGCAUUGGAAAAUCUGUAAGUGGAAGAAGAUGGAAAACUACAUUUUGGCUAGCCUUAUGGAUGGGAAAUAUUAUCAACUCUUGUUUUCAUUUAUAUUUCCCUGAUUACUGGUAAGGUUUAUUAGCUACUUGGGCUGCUUCUGUGAAUUGCUAUUUAUAUCUUUUACCAUUUAUGUGUUUGGUUGUCUUUUUCUCAUUGGUUUGUAAAGGUCCCUGUAUAGUUGGAUUAUUCCUUUGCUUUAUAUGUGUUGCAAUACCUUCUUCUGGUCAGUAACUUUGUUAUCUUUUGUCUGUGUUCAAAUUAUCAUGUGUUGUAUUGAAAUUUUAGAUUUGCAUGAAAUCCAAUUAACAUUUUCCUUUUUGAUUUGUUUUUUUUUCAUGUUUUUAUUAUAUUCCCUGACCUUUGAUUGUAAAGAUAUUCUUCUCAAAAUGUUUUAAAUGUUUUGUUUUUCACAUGUUGAGCUUUCAUUCAUCUAGAAUUUAUUUUUGUAAUUAGGUAGAAAUCUAACUGAUUUUUACCAAGCUGCCACAUGCAGUUGGGUGUAUUUCUUCCUUUGCCAUCUUUAUACUUCUUGUUUGUUUUUCUUGUCUUAUUGCACUGCCUAGUACUUUCAGUGCAGAAUUAUAUUGAUGUGUCCUCAGCCCUAUGCUAAAUUUCAUUACACUCGCAGUCAAUAAUAUAGGUGUUAUCUCAACUUUAUAGAUGAAGUAACAGAGACUUGGAGAGGAUAAGUAACUUUCCCAGAAUCACACAGCUAGUAAGUAACAGAGUCAGUAUUCAAGUCCAAGUCUGAAUGACCAUAAUGUUGAACUGCUUAUACUGCCUCUUGUCACAGAUGACUUGAGGAAAAGAUAUUCCUUCUACCUUUCCUGCUCUUGCCCAGAUUCUCUAUGUAUAAUGAGGAAAGGAAAUUUCAUUGAAGUCAUGCCAGAAAAGCACUUCCAGUGUGUCUGAACAAAACCAAUAGACUUUGUUUAAUUUAGACCUGCCAAAAGCAGAUUAAAGAACCUUGUAAGAAUGAAACAGGUCUUAUUCCAGAUGGGAUCAGCAUUUAUUCAGGUAAAAAAAAUCACAUCUUGGUGGAACUUCAGAAAGGAGAAGUAGAUCUUCAGAGUAAGUUGACAUUCUCAGGAAUAUUAACAAGUAACUGGAAUUUCCUUUCUUCCUUUCUCCCUUCCUUCCUCUUUUCUCCCUUUCUUCUUUCCUUUCUCCCUUCCUUCCUCCUUUCUCCCUUCCUUCCUUCCUUUCUCUCUUCCUUCCUCCUUUCGUUCCCUCCCGCCUCAGCCUCUAUCCAUAAAAGAUCUGAAGCACCUUACACAUACCUACUCAAAACAAGAUAAAAUAAUAAGAUGCAAAAAAAACCCAGGAAAAAUGGGAAAAUAAAUGUGGCAAAAUAAUAUUUGAUUCGUGCCUUAGUGUCAUUUGCUAGAGUUUGGCCACAACAUAGCCCUAAGCAUCUUAGCAGGUGAAGCAAAGAAAACCUGUUCAGCCACAUGAUUCACAUUGAGAUUCACAUUGAGAUUGGGAUCAAAAUACAAUCAUUGCUAAGGGGAUAUAUACGUGUCCUAAUUCUGCCAUGGCCAUCAUACAGGGACCCUGUGUGAUGAUGUGGGCCAGCAUCUUCUUGGUAAUGGGGAAGUACUCUUCACCUGCACCCAGUUCCCCUAUUCAACCCCAAGUUCUUGAGGGGGCAGGCACUAUAUCUAUUUUAUUCUUCAUUAUAUACCAGAGCCCAACACAGUGCCUGGAACAUAUAGAUGCUCAGGAUAUAUUUUUUUGAAUGAAUGAAUAUUAUUUGUAAUAUCCAUCAAUAAGAGCCAAUGGCAGGAUACAAGAUCGAUAUUCAGAAAUCAAUUAUAUUCUUUUUACUAGCAAUGAACAAUUACAAAAUAAAAAUAAGAAAACCAUUCCAUUUAUAAUAUCAAAAAGAAUAAAAUACUUAGGAACAAAUUUAACAGGAGAGAUGCAAGACUUAUAUGUUGAAAACUACAUAGCAUCAUUUAAAAGCCAAUGGCAAGAUUUCACUAAAAAAAAAAGGCCAAUUAGAGCAAAUUUAUCAAAAGAAAUUUUACAUGAAGUAAAAAUCUUGAUAUUUUAGGUAUGUGGCUUUCCAAUGAUUUUAUCUGAUCAAAGACUAUAAUUAAAAAUUUUAGUAUGAAUAGAUAGGCCAAACAUACUUCUGACAAUUCUUUGUGAUCAGUACCUUGUUACAUGCAAACUCCUGGUGAGAAGGAACAGCAGAGGCUUGGGGUUUACGUUCUUGGUCAGGAAUCUGAAGGGUAAAUAUUACAUGUUGCCAAUAAAGGCUAUUGCUAGAAACUUAGAUGAACCUAUAAUACACCAUAAUUGCUUUGUGAGUUGGAAAAGUAUAUAUUAGAUAAAACAAAGUUGGGAUAUAUGUGGAAAACGGGAAGGUGCCCCAAAUGUUUAGAGCAUCUAAUUCAUACUGAGGACCUUUGUGUUAAUUACUGACUUCCCCAUUAAUCUGUAUUCUGACACCUGCCUUAAAAACAUGACUGCUUUCAUGAGCCCAUUGUUUUCGAGCCCACGAUAUGCGCCCACCACUUUCUCAACUUCGCUGACGUUACCUCACGUAAUGCCCACAGCUCUAGGAAAGAGAUCCUGUGGUUACUACCUUCUUUUACAGAAGAGGAAACUGGGACCUAGAGAAGUUAAGCCACUUGUUCAGGGUCACACAUGAGAAGUGACAGUGUCAGAAACCACAGCCUGUGUCCACAACCACCUUGCAUAUUGCCCCUACUUAUGAAUAGCAGACACCAGUCUCCUGUGAUUGGCCAGAAGUGAUUUUUCCUGUUAGAUGGGACGUGUUGGAUGUACUCUGGGGGCCUUGUUUUGAUUUUGUCCUCAGGACACCACAGUUAAAGAACUGCCCCGAUUUUAAGAUCAUCUCUCCAGAGAGUCUCCCAGAACGUUAGGAUAAUGAACUACAGUCUGUAUGACAAUUGCCAAGUGCUGGACUCAAAUUCUGUUGCUGAAGCAGAGGCCUUGACACAAGCAUGGUUGACAGACUUAGUUCCUGCCUUGCAAGGAUUCUCGUUCUGUAAAGGUAACAGAGUUUGUGAUUAAGAUCUUGGGCUCUGAAGUCAACCGAUACAGUUCAAAUCUUGGUUGAAUAAUGGAACGAACCUUCCUUAUAGUGGUGUUGGAAGGAACAACUAGGCCUACCGUUUAGGGCACUUAGCACACCGGAGGGGCACUUAGAAAGCUUUUAAGAAUGAUAGCUGCUGAAACAGCCUUUUAAAACUAGACAUCGGGGUAAGGAGUGCAUCUUGACAACAGGCAGACACAGCCAACAGUUUACAGCUGACAGCAGUUUUGUACUGUAGACUCCUAAAGCCACUUGGACACUCGCCAGCCUGGACUUUGAAAAUUUAAACGUUUUCAAAAUUAUUUUUAACCAAACUGAAAGAAAAGGGAUUCCCACAGUGUGAAGGAGGCUGCCAUGGCUUUGCCAUUUCCCACGGGGAAAGGGACCAAGGGACGCUUCUUUUUGUUGGUGGAAGAAACGAGGGAGAGGGCAAGGGCCCAGAGUGGGGACAAGCACAGAGUCGUCCGGUCCUCAGCCAGCUGCCCCUUGAGCUCCUGACACCCUUUCCACUUCUAUAAAAACCAGGGGGCUUGACCGCAGGCCCUUCUGGUGCUGACAUUCUGUGAAACCAUAAACGCCUCCCUCAACCUGCAGUUUAACGUGAGCCCUCAGCUUUUAUGGAGGAGCCGUGCAAGUCCGGGCCCUCGGAAAGAUGUCUCUGUAUCUUUUAUGCACGUCCCGGGGAAGGCAUCAUCCGUUAUAUUACCCGGUACCCUGUACCUCAGCUAAUAAAUUCCUCUCGAAAUUUGGAGCCAGGAAAAAGUUUGUCUCUCGGCUUGAACCCUUAGUGUUUUGUUUUGUUUUGUGUUUUGGAUUGGAUGACAUCUGUGCUACCCCCUCCGUGUGUUUCUCUUGUUACUCUCUUUGCCAAGAAGCUCAAGAGCUAAAUACAGUGGUUAACAAUAGUGGCUUCCCUCAGACAACUCAGGGCUCUAAAUCCUUUUCAGAGCUGAAUAUUGUUGUUGUUUGAUUUUACGUGCUGCAAUAUAGAAACCACACCAAAUCCUUUUGCGGCUUGAAACAGGGCGUAAAUCAUUCAUGCAGAACGACAUAGUAAAUGGAUGCAGAAAUCUGUGAAUGUUCCUCCCCACUGUCAGUGGCUCCUAUUGUCCCACUCUCUUUCCCCAUUUCCAGCAAGUCUGAAACAACAGUAACAACCAGUAUGAGAGGGACCCACUCUGGACCUGGCACUAAAGUCCUUUGUAUGCAUUUUCUCAUUCAACAACCUUGUGUUUGCGGGUACUGUUACUUUCUUUAUUUAAAAGUGAGGAGGGCGCCUGGGUGGCUCAGUCGGUUAAGUGCCUUUUAGGGUGGGUCAUGAUCUCGAGGUUCAUGGGUCCAAACCCCAUGUCAGGCUCUGUGCUAACAGCCUAGAGUCUGCUUCCGAUUCUGUGCACCGCCCCCCUCUGCCCCUCCCCUGCUCACACUCUGUCUCUCUCUUUCAAAAAUAAACAUUAAAAAAAAAUUUUUUUAAUAAAAAAAAUGUGAGGUAAGUGAGACACCAAAAAGUUAAGUAGUUGGACAAGGUCUCACAGCUAGUGAGAGACCACCCCUUUCUUUCACUGGUGGCGGACAGGCCAUCCAAGGGAGUCACAUUAGACCCAAAGAAUUCCUUUGGCAUGGAGGGUCCUAGCGACAGAGAGGCUUUGACCCAUCUGGUUUUGACUUGUUUAUGUGGAUAAUUAGUAAGCCAACCACAAACAAAAACCAGGAGCAAACACAGACGAGAAGGGGAGAAUUGAUGCACACGGAAGACUGGAGAAACCCCUGGGUUCAGACUGUCCUGAGCUCUAUUCUGAACUCCCGUUGAGCCUGUUUGCAUGGGAAACCCUGCGGAGUCUCGGAGGUGUCAACUCAUUUUUCUUUGAAAUGUGUAUGGAGUCAGGCUGUGGUCGGGGGAUGGUUCGUGAUCAGCCCUCGUUCCCCACAGUUGGAUGUACUAGGAGUGCAGCUUGGCUGCAGAGCACAACGGUGCCCUUCCCACCCCUAACUGGUGGUGGGAGCAUUCCCCAGUGUUGCCCGACUUUUAGAGCCGGCACUAGUGGAAGAAACCGUCAGCCCACUUGGCUACAAGCCCUUAGCUGAACCUGCGUGGUGGCAUCUUUAGUGUCUGUGCUCGCUUCUCUUCCCGCUGAGUACAAGAACAGCCAUGAGUAGUGACAGGAUGGGAAGUAGUCAUGGCCAGGCUGACCCCCCAGGGCCUGGCUCGGUAGACAGACUGGGGAAGUAAAGCCUUACUUUAGCCAUUGGACUCAGCUGGGAAUGUGUCCACAGUCAGUAUGCAGAUGUCUUAAGUGUGGCCAAAUAAUUAAGACAACUUUUAACAUUUCAUAUUCAAAACUAUCUCACAUUCAGUCAACAAAUAUUUAUCGAGCAUCCCUCUAUGCUGAGCAUCGUUCCAGAUGCUGGGGACGCAGCAGCAAGCAAGCCGAUCUGGGCCUGCUGAUAGGGAGCUCGCCACAAAUGAUCCUGCAGGCCCCUGCCUCUGGUGUGGUCAAGUGCUGUGCUUGAGAAGCCUGGUCUUUUGGAAUCGCUUUGGUUGGCUCUGCCUCGAAUCUGGAGGUGGUAUCGUUGCUCGAAACAUUUUCGGAGCUACCCUUCAGGAAUUGCCUUCAGAUCUAGUCUGGGCCACACAGGAAAAUCCAUCUCACUAUUUUAUAGCCACACCUAGCUUGUGACCAAAAAUGGAAUUGCCCAGCUUGAUGACCCACUUUAUUCCCCAGACUUGGCUCUGAUGGACUUGCCUGUGAGUGAGCCAAAAUUACGUCCACCCUCUAAGGAUGGAUGUUUACCAUCACUGAGCAUAUUAGCAGUAAUCUGGAUAAUUUUGAAAUAAUUUCUCACUUGCCCAAACUCCCAUCACCGUUGGUGGCCCUGUUGUAACACUUAGCCCAGGCUCCCUCAUGAUAGAAUGACCUCCUUCUGCCUCCACUUCCCCUACCAGGUGGGGAGCCUUUGGAAAACAGGACCAUGUAUUUAUACCCUCUGCAGUGCCCAACAUGAAACAGAUGUUUAAAAAUGUAUAUUUACCAAGAUGGAAUGUUUAGGUUCUGAAGGAAGUUUCCAAAGAGGUGUUCCAAAAUUGCUCUGAGUGACAAAAGUGACAUUGGAAGAAUGGACAGUUCAGGACAGUAUAUUCAGGCUCUGGAAUCUGUCAGGCCUGGCUCCAAUCCCUACUUGCUCCCUUAACCAGCUGUGUGGCUGGCCCCACAACUCAUUCAUUCCCUCUGAGCCUUCAUUUCCACGUCUGUGGAAUAGGGACGGUAAUACUGCCUAACGGGCUUUUGUAAGGCAAGUGAGCAUAUUCAUGUAAUGCCCUAAGCAAAGUGCCUAUUGCAUAGUACACUAAUUCAAUAAUUGGGAGUGAUUCUAUUAUCAUUAUCAUUACUAUGGUGAGGAUGGUGAGGAUGGUGGUGGUAGUGAAGCUGGCAGGAGCUACAGACUGGUGGUUAAGGAGCACACCAGGCAGAUCGGGUACCACUGCUUACCUGCUCACCACAAUAACACCCCUCUGUGCUUCGGUUUCUUCAUCUAUAGAAUGGAAACAAUAAAAGUAUCUACCUUGCAGGGCUGUUGUGAGGGUUCAGUGAGAUGUGCAUGUAAAGUGUUAGCACAGUGCCUAGCACAUGGUUAAUACUUUGUAAAGUUUCACAUUGUGAUCAAUAACAUGUCCAAAAACAAGGUCUACCUCUGGCAUCCCCACCCAUCCCAAGCCAGCCUCUGAGCAGUUAUGAAACCUUAGCUGAUUUCUCUCCCAGGCAGGUGCUGUUGACAAACCCUUCCCCCCUGCCAAUUCCCUGCUCAUCCAGCAGUAAUGUGGCCUCUCAUAUCUUCUCGUCCCACCGGAUUCAGGGACCAUAAGAUUCUGAAGUAAUCAAUAGCAGUUGCCCAUCAGGAACCGUGUUGGUGGAACCCCUGAGCUUUCUUGUUCAUCAAAAGUUCUAGGGGGAAAAAAUGGAUUUCUGGCUUAGAGAAACACUGCUUUUUCUGGGAGUUACCUUUACUUUGAAGGCAUUUGCAGCUUUGGGAAGCUCUCGUAUCCUGCAGCAUGGGAGGCUCCCAUAUCCCUGGAUUGGUACCUUCCACUAUUAUCCCCUGGAUACUAGGUUUUUUUGCACACAAAUUCACUUUGGGUUCUGUUUGCUACCUUUUAUUCUCUUGAGUAAAACUGUGGGUAACUGAGAAGCUCUGAAUUUCUAUUUGGAAAAUACAGUGCUCUUGAUGAGACCAGAACAAUUCAAAUAACUCUACAUGUACAGAGGCCAGAUUAAUAAAAACCCAAAGGUGAAUCCUUUUCUUCCCUUCAUCUAGAAGAGUUGUAUUUCACAGAGGUUCUUACAAUGCCCUGACUCUGGAUCAGGGCCCUCCCCUGAUUCUGGAUAUUACAUCAUUUCAUUUUGGCUAAUGUAAACAUUCAUCACCCUGUGUGUUGCAGGAUUUUUCAGAACGGUUUGAGAUUGGGCUUCAUUCGGUGGGUCGUUGCAGUGAUUAAUGGUUUCAGAAGGAAGUGCAGCAGGAAGAGGCUUUGCAGGAAUGGAAGAGAUCUACAAUGCAGUGAGAAGGAGAGAAGAAAUAGAAAAUACAAUUGGAUCUCUUCUUCAUUUCUUCACAAAGCUCCCAGCCUCCGAAACAGCCCAUGAAAAGAUUAGGGUUGGUCCGUGCUUAAAGCAAUGUGUCCGAGAUACCAUAUGUGAGUACCGUGCCACCCUCCAGAGGACGUCCAUAUCUCAGUACAUCGCGGGUUCUCUGCUAGAAGCAACCACAUCUUUAGGAGCAAGAAGUGGCCUACUCAGUGCCUUUGGAGGAUCCACCGGACGAAUGAUGCUAAAAGAACGUCAGCCAGGCACCUCCAUGGCCAAUUCUAGUGCCCUCCCUUCAAGUUCAGCUGGGAUCAGCAAGGAGCUGAUUGAUCUGCAGCCCCUCAUUCAGUUCCCAGAGGAAGUCGCCAGCAUCCUGAUGGAGCAGGAGCAGAACAUUUACCGAAGGGUCUUGCCAGUUGACUACCUUUGCUUCUUGACCCGGGACUUGGGCUCUCCAGAAUGCCAGACAUCCCUGCCCUGCCUCAAAGCGUCCAUCUCAGCAUCAAUUCUUAACUCCCAGAACGGAGAACACAAUGCCCUGGAAGAUCUUGUGAUGAGAUUUAAUGAGGUGAGCUCCUGGGUAACGUGGCUGAUCCUCACGGCGGGCUCCAUGGAGGAGAAGCGAGAAGUCUUCUCCUAUUUAGUGCACGUGGCCAAAUGCUGCUGGAACAUGGGCAACUACAAUGCUGUCAUGGAGUUCUUGGCCGGCCUCAGGUCAAGAAAAGUUUUAAAAAUGUGGCAGUUUAUGGACCAGUCUGACCUAGAGACCAUGAGGAGCCUGAAGGAUGCCAUGGCUCAGCACGAAUCUUCCUGCGAGUACAAGAAGGUGGUCACGCGGGCUCUGCACAUACCUGGCUGUAAGGUGGUUCCGUUCUGUGGCGUGUUUCUGAAGGAGCUCUGUGAAGUACUGGACGGAGCCUCCGGCCUCAUGAAGCUUUGCCCGAGGUACAAUUCCCAAGAAGAAACUCUAGAGUUUGUAGCCGAUUACAGUGGACAAGAUAAUUUCUUACAACGAGUGGGACAUAAUGGCUUAAAGAAUUCGGAGAAGGAGUCCACAGUCAACAGCAUCUUUCAGAUCAUCAGGAGCUGCAGCCGAAGUCUGGAGGCCGAGGAGGAGGACAGCCCCAGUGAAGGAAACGGCUCCAGGAAAAAUUCCUUAAGGGAUAAAGCCCGAUGGCAGUUUAUCAUUGGAGACCUGUUAGAUUCUGAAAAUGACAUCUUUGAGAAAUCCAAAGAAUGGGACGCUCACGGAUCAGAAGAGCCACAGAAAGCCUUUGACCAUGGGACAGAGCUAAUCCCAUGGUAUGUGCUGUCCAUCCGAGCCGAUGUGCACCAGUUCCUGCUGCAGGGGGCCACUGUCAUCCACUACGACCAGGACACGCACCUCUCUGCCCGAUGCUUCCUCCAGCUUCAGCCUGACAACAGCACCUUGACCUGGACAAAGCCCACCACUGCUUCCCUGGCCAAUGCUAAAGCAAAACUCGGUGUGCUUAGUAACACGUCUGAGCCUGGCAAAUUCCCGUUACUGGGCAAUGCUGGACUAAGUGGCCUGGCAGAGGGGGUCUUGGAUCUGUUCUCAGCAAAAGCUGUGUACAUGGGACACCCCAGCAUCGAUAUACACACUGUGUGUGUUCAGAACAAACUGGGUAGCAUGUUUCUCUCAGAGACUGGCGUGACGCUGCUCUAUGGGCUCCAGACCACGGACAAUAGAUUAUUGCACUUUGUGGCACCCAGGCACACAGCUAAGAUGCUCUUCAGUGGAUUGCUGGAACUCACGAGAGCCGUGAGGAAGAUGAGGAAGUUCCCUGACCAGAGGCAGCAGUGGCUGCGGAAACAGUACGUCAGCCUCUAUCAGGAAGAUGGACGGUAUGAAGGCCCAACUUUGGCUCACGCCGUGGAGUUGUUUGGUGGCAGGCGGUGGAGUACACGAAACCCCAGCCCCGGGACAUCAGCAAAGAGUGCCGAGAAGCCCAAUGUGCAGAGAAACAACACCUUGGGCAUAAGCACUACCAAGAAAAAGAAGAAAAUCCUUAUAAGGGGUGAGAGCGGAGAGGCAGCCGACGAUGAGAUGGCCACCCGAAAAGCCAAAAUGCACAGAGAGUGUCGCAGCCGGAGUGGUUCUGACCCUCAAGACAUGAAUGAACAAGAAGAAUCAGAGGCAAAUGCCAUCAUGAGCCCUCCUAACACUCUGCCUUCCAGAAGAGCCCACUCUUUGACCACGGCUGGGUCCCCUAACUUGUCUGCCGGGACAUCAUCUCCCAACAGGCCAGUGUCUUCCCCUGUGCUGUCUUCUUCAAACAAGAGCCCGUCCAGUGCUUGGAGCAGCAGCAGCUGGCACGGGCGGAUCAAAGGCGGAAUGAAAGGUUUCCAGAGCUUCAUGGUUUCAGACAGUAACAUGAGCUUUGUUGAAUUCGUUGAGCUGUUCAAAUCAUUCAGCGUGAGGAGCCGCAAGGACCUGAAGGACCUCUUCGACGUCUACGCCGUGCCCUGCAACCGAGCCGGCUCCGAGUCGGUGCCACUCUACACCAACCUAACAAUUGACGAAAACACCAGCGAUCUUCAGCCUGACCUAGACUUAUUGACCAGAAACGUCUCGGAUUUGGGGUUGUUCAUUAAGAGUAAACAGCAGCUGUCAGACAACCAGAGGCAGAUAUCUGAUGCCAUUGCUGCUGCAAGUAUCGUGACAAACGGCACUGGGGUCGAGAGCACAUCCUUGGGCGUGUUUGGGGUUGGCAUCCUCCAGCUCAAUGACUUCCUAGUGAACUGCCAAGGAGAACACUGCACUUAUGAUGAAAUCCUCAGCAUCAUCCAGAAGUUCGAGCCUAGCGUUAGUAUGUGUCAUCAGGGCCUACUGUCAUUUGAAGGAUUUGCAAGGUUUCUGAUGGAUAAAGAUAAUUUCGCCUCCAAAAAUGAUGAGUCACAGGAAAACAUUAAAGAACUACAGCUGCCCCUCUCCUACUAUUACAUUGAAUCUUCACACAAUACCUACCUCACAGGCCACCAGCUCAAAGGAGAGUCCUCAGUAGAACUCUACAGCCAGGUCCUCCUGCAAGGCUGUAGGAGCGUAGAGCUGGAUUGUUGGGAUGGAGACGACGGGUUGCCCAUCAUCUAUCAUGGACACACGCUGACAACCAAGAUCCCCUUCAAGGAGGUGGUUGAAGCCAUUGAACGCAGUGCCUUUGUCAACUCUGACCUGCCCAUCAUCAUAUCGAUUGAGAACCACUGCUCAUUGCCUCAGCAACGAAAAAUGGCAGAAAUUUUCAAGAGUGUGUUUGGAGAAAAACUGGUGGCUAAGUUCCUGUUUGAGAGUGAUUUCUCAGAUGACCCAAUGCUUCCCUCACCCGACCAACUUAGGAGGAAAGUGCUCCUUAAAAAUAAGAAGCUAAAAGCCCACCAAACACCAGUGGAUAUCUUAAAGCAAAAGGCUCAUCAGUUAGCAUCCAUGCAAGCUCAGGCUUACAAUGGUGGGAAUGCCAACCCCCCACCGGCUAAUAACGAGGAAGAGGAGGAUGAAGAAGACGAAUAUGAUUAUGACUAUGAAUCCCUGUCUGAUGACAACAUUCUAGAAGACAGACCUGAAAAUAAAUCAUGUAAUGACAAGCUUCAGUUUGAGUAUAAUGAAGAAAUCCCCAAGAGGAUAAAGAAAGCAGAUAACUCUGCUUGCAACAAAGGAAAGGUUUAUGACAUGGAACUGGGAGAAGAAUUUUAUCUCCCUCAGAAUAAAAAGGAAAGCAGACAGAUUGCACCAGAGCUCUCUGACCUUGUCAUCUAUUGUCAAGCAGUAAAAUUUCCAGGCCUGUCAACUCUAAAUGCAUCUGGCUCUAGCAGAGGAAAAGAAAGGAAAAGCAGGAAGUCCAUUUUUGGCAACAAUCCGGGCAGAAUGAGCCCUGGGGAGACAGCAUCGUUUAACAAAGCAUCUGGAAAAAGUUCCUGUGAAGGAAUGCGACAGGCCUGGGAGGAAUCUUCUUCCCCCCUCAACCCAACCACAUCCCUCAGCGCUAUCAUUAGAACUCCCAAAUGUUACCAUAUCUCCUCGCUGAAUGAAAAUGCCGCCAAACGUCUGUGUCGCAGGUAUUCUCAGAAACUGAUCCAGCACACCGCCUGUCAGCUGCUGAGGACUUACCCGGCUGCCACUCGCAUCGACUCCUCCAACCCCAAUCCCCUCAUGUUCUGGCUCCAUGGGAUACAGCUCGUGGCGCUCAACUACCAGACAGAUGAUCUCCCUUUACAUUUAAAUGCUGCCAUGUUUGAAGCCAACGGUGGGUGUGGUUAUGUUUUGAAACCCCCAGCUCUGUGGGACAAGAACUGUCCCAUGUAUCAGAAGUUCUCUCCCUUAGAAAGAGAUCUGGACAACAUGGAGCCUGCCAUCUACUCCUUAACUAUUGUCUCUGGUCAAAACGUGUGCCCGAGUAGCAGCACAGGAAGCCCGUGUAUCGAAGUCGAUGUGCUGGGCAUGCCCCUGGACAGCUGUCAUUUCCGCACAAAGCCCAUCCACCGGAACACUCUGAACCCCAUGUGGAAUGAACAGUUUCUCUUCCGGGUUCACUUUGAAGAUCUCGUAUUUCUUCGUUUUGCCGUUGUGGAAAACAACAGCUCAGCUGUAACUGCUCAGAGAAUCAUCCCACUCAAGGCUUUAAAACGAGGAUAUCGACAUCUUCAGCUGCGAAAUCUCCACAACGAAGUCUUGGAAAUCUCUAGUUUAUUCAUAAACAGUAGGAGGAUGGAAGACAAUUCCUCCAGCAGCACCACGCCGGCCUCUUUGAUGUUUAAUUCAGAAGAAAGAAAAUGUUUGCAGGCUCACAGAGUCACGGUGCAUGGGGUCCCAGGUCCAGAGCCCUUUACUGUUUUCUCCAUAAGUGGAGGCACCAAAGCAAAGCAGCUUCUCCAACAAAUUCUGACCACUGAACAAGACACCAAACCUAUCAUCACAGACUAUUUUUUGAUGGAAGAAAAAUAUUUUAUAUCUAAAGAAAAGAAUGAAUGCAGGAAACAACCGUUCCAGAGAGUCAUUGGUCCAGAGGAAGAGAUUAUGCAGAUUUUAAGCAGCUGGUUUCCAGAGGAAGGAUAUGUUGGCAGGAUUGUCUUAAAAACCCAGCAGGAAAACCUAGAAGAGAAAAGCAUUGUUCAAGAUGACAAAGAGGUGACCUUGAGCUCAGAGGAGGAGAGUUUCUUUGUUCAAGUGCACGAUGUUUCUCCAGAGCAACCUCGAACGGUCAUCAAAGCACCCCGUGUCAGCACCGCACAGGACGUCAUUCAGCAGACCUUGUGCAAAGCAAAGUAUUCCUACAGCAUCCUGAGCAAUCCCAACCCAAGUGACUAUGUCCUUUUGGAAGAGGUGGUAAAAGACACGACCAAGAAGUCUUCCACCCCAAAGUCCUCCCAGCGGGUCCUUUUGGAUCAGGAGUGUGUGUUUCAAGCCCAAAGCAAGUGGAAAGGGGCAGGAAAAUUCAUCCUUAAGCUAAAGGAGCAGGUGCAGGCAUCCCGAGAAGACAAAAGGAAAGGCAUUUCUUUUGCAAGUGAAUUUAAGAAGUUCACCAAGUCAACUAAACAACCCCGAGGACUCGCAUCACCUUCUCAGGUCUUGGCCUCAGAAGGUGUCCAAAACAAGGAGGAGAAACCUAUGGGCAGCUUGUCCUCCAGUGACACCAUGGACUAUCGACAAUAACCAAGGUGAAGACCUUUUGGUAAGAAGUUAAAGUCAAGAAUGAACAUGGUGGAAACAAAUACAAUUUGCUUAUUUUCAUUAGACUUAAACUGGAAAUUGAGGAUUUCUGAACCGAAGCCUUCUUGACACAUGAUGUGAGGUCCAUGCUGAGGACAAGCAAAAUGGCAAGGGCUACCUACCAACCAAUUCCUGAUGAAUGCAACAAUGCAGCCCAGGAGAUUGCCACUUUGCAAAUGUCAGCAGUUGGGAAAAAAACAUUGCUAAGCUCGCAAUAACUGACUUAGAACAAGGGUCAGCAAACUUUGUCCAUAAAGGGCCAGGUGGUAAACAUUUUAGGCUUUAUGGGCCAUAUGGUCUCUGUAGCAAUUACUCAGCUCGGCUGUUACAGUGCAAAAGCAGCCAUAGAUGAUCUAUACGUGAAUGAGCAUGGCUGUAUUCCAAUGAAACUAUUUACAGACACUGAAAUCACAAUUUCACAUAAUUUUCACAUCACAAAUAAUCCUCUUUGGGGUUUUUUCCAAUCAGUUAAAAAUGUAAAAGCUAUUCUUAGUUCAAGAGCCAUACAAACACUGGCGGCAGGCUAGAUCUGGCCCAGGGCCAUAGUUUGCUGACCUGACUUAGAAAACUGGCAACAAGAGCCACAGAGGUCUGAAAACAAGCGAGGUUAGUCAUACAGUUCAUGGCGGACAAUUGGAAGCUUUAGGGCAUUGCGAGUGUAAAUAUGUCCUGUGAGAUUCAUCACAAAGUAAUUUGAUUUAGUUUCUAUAUUGUGCACCAUAGUGGACUCUUCUUUACCAUUUCUUUUUACAUACAGAAUGAUGUUGGGUUUUUUUUAAGUUUAUUGCUUAUGUAUUAUUCACAGAUUAUUCCACUUUUGGUUUUCACAAAUUGAAUUUAGAAUGAUGUACAAAUUAGUAUCUUCUGAGCUGUGACAUCUUAACAAAAAAUUUAACAUUUCUUAAAGUAAAAGUAGACUGAGUUGGUGUUCAAAUUUAUUUAUUUUGCAAGGUUUGUACUGACACUGUACUUAUAUAUUUAUUAUACAUCGCUUUCUUGAUAUUGCUUAUAGAUUUAGAAGUAUUAGUGGUUCUAGCUCACUAUUUGAAGACAAAUCUCCUAAAAAAAGAAAAAAGAAAAAAAGUAUGCUCUGAAUACCUGACAUGGGCCAGAAUUUCAUGCAAAAAAAAAAGCUUCAUUUUCAUUUCUAAUUGAAGAGCUAUUGAUCCAAGUCAUAAUUGCCACUCAAGGUAAAUUAUCUUUAAAAUCUUACUGCAUAAAACUAUAACGUAAGUAUAAAAGAUUUUUACUCUCAGUAUGAAGCAAAUUAUGACUUUUAAAAUGCAAUGUGUGCCCCUCUGAAGCAAAAUCCAAAUUUUAUCUUUCUGCUGAUAUUAAAAUUUUUUCUUCAAAUUAUAAAACAAAGUCCUAACUUUUUGAGAAGUUCUUUUUGUGCCAAUUGUAAAAAUGAAUAACACGGUCCCCAGUUCUUUGCAUACUCUAAAAUCAGAAGUGUUAAAAGUAUACUACACAGGGGCGCCUUGGGUGGCUCAGUCAGUUCAGCAUCUGCCUUUGGCUCAGGUCAUGUUCUCACGGGUUGUGACUUCGAGCCCCACAUUAGGCUCCGUGCUGCCAGUGCAGAGCUUGUUUGGGAUUCUCUCCCUCUCCCCUCUCUCUGCCCCUCCCCUACUUGCUCGCUCGCUCUCUCUCAAAAUAAAUAAAAACAAAAAAAAAAAAUCACACCAUACAGCUUUCACAUUAUUGGAAGUUCGUACUCAAAGCCUUAAUGCUAGAGCAGUGACCACUUGCUUGUCGACAGAAUUCAGGCUAUUCCAGUUUGAUGGAGUUUGCACAGUGCUACAGGUUUCUUUUCAAAUAAUCUACAAUAAAUGCACAGUACUGCCCAUUAAAAAAAAAAAAAACAUUCCAGAAACACGUUAUCAUGCUUCUAUAAAUCUGGCAUCUUUUCUUCUGAUUUGGCAUACCGUGUAUUCCAAACUGAAUUACUGGCCUAACUGGCUAGAGUCAAAUGAAAACCCAUGCAGAGAUGAGAUGACUGGUCUCUCUAGGUUUUAUCACUUGGCCUUGAUUCUAAGCUCCAGUCCCACCUCACCCCCAUCUUUAACAUAGUUCAUUUGGCUGCAGAACAGAAUCGGCAACUUCCUGAGACUGAAGUGAGACGUCUCACAAGUGAAUAUAUUGCCUGUACUGAACCCUACUUGAUUGUUCAGUUCCUUUUGAGGUGAAAGCACAUCCUCUAUUUGAUUCUUUGGGACUUCAGGAAGGACACAUUGCUCAAAACGUAAAGCAUCUAUUCUAUUACAACUCAGCAAAACAACCUGGUGUUUGCCGAAAAUACAAAAUUUUUAUUUUAGUUUAUCUGAACCAUAGAGUUAUGAUGGCAUACCAAAUGAAAGAAAUUACCCUAUUUAGAAUGAAUCAAAAAUGGCCACCCAGACUGUACCAUACUACUUCAUACUUUCCAUACUACUAAAAGUCUGGGUAGCAAACUUUUAUCAGUAAGUUGAUAUGGAAAGGAAUCUAAACAGGAGCUCCUGGGUGGCUCAGUUAGUUAAGUGGCCAACUUUGGCUCAGGUCGUGAUCUCGCAGUAUCUCUCUUUGUGGGUUCGAGCCCCAGGUCAGGCUCUGUGCAGACAGCUCAGAGCCUGGAGCCUGCUUCGGAUUCUGUGCCUCCCUCUCUCUGCCCCUACCCUGCUCGUGCGCGUAUGCGCUCUCUCUCUCUCAACAUAAUAAACAUUAAAAAGAAAAAAAAGAACCUAUUUAUGCAGGUUAGGUUUAUUACAAAGUUUGGAGGAAAAGUAUUUGAAGACACUUCACUAAAAGCAGAGGAACAUGAGUUGUGUUACUCUGUAUGGUGAUGCCAGCUUUACAGAAUAUACAGAGCUGAUGAGAAAGGAUUAGGUAAGAAUCCAACUUGAUCAGUGAUGCUGAAAGAAAUAGACUAACUUCCUCUCGGUCACCUGUGCAUCUGCAAUUGGUUGUUUUACAAAAUAAUAGAAGGUUACAUGAGGUUGUUAAGGAAGCCAGGGUAAGUUUGAGGGCAAAUUUGUAAGAAGUAACAAUACUAUUUGGGCGGAAAGUGCCCUCUUGAGGGAACCUUCUUUUCAUGUCAUCCUUUGCAAGUAAGUUAUUUAUAAAUUCUCCAGUUGGGGGUAUAUAGUUGCAGCUACAAGUGAGUUACAGUGCCUGUUUUUAAUUAAAGUUACUUUCUUACAAAGGUCUCCCAUCUCAAUGGCUCCGGAAACACUGGAGGCUCUUUAAUGAAGCGGGCCCCCUGCUGCCACACACCCACUCCUUCCUCAAACUACAUCUUCCCCUUCCUCUGCUCUCCCUCCCUAUCCAGUACCUCUGCAGAUCUGUCCUCCUCUGCCUGGACAACCAUAGGCCUUGCUUAAUUCUGACAAGUAACAGAGAUUGCAUUCUGCCUGGAAAAAACUGAACUGACUUGCCCACACGAUACUCCACAACUCGGCCACACCAAGAGAAGAGUAGGAUCUUCCUGGCUGGUGUCGGAUCUCCAACUAGGCGGAGUGGGAGGCAGCCCACAGCCUACGUGCUCUCCAGACGGCUGCCUCGGACCCCUCGCAGUUGCUUCUCUUACAUGAGCGUCAAAGUGACAAGAGGUGAACACCUGGACCCUCCGGAAAGUUAUUAGAAAACAAAGAUUGCCUCUUACACCAAGUCCAGCACCUAUGAUAUGGGGCACUGUCAACAAUUUAUGUGUUCUUGGCCAUCUCUAAGUAUCAACUUCCUGAAAGGAAUCUUUGGCUGAUGGCUAAGGAUUUGGACAUGGGAUGACCUGAAAUGAGUGUUUUUGAAAUACUGACUCUCCAUGAUUACCAAGCUACUCAUUCAUAUACAUCUCUUAGAUCUAAAAUAUACUAUGCUCAAGCAGACCAUCAAGCAGGUCUCUGAAACCUUUCCUAAGUCUCUGAACUUUGAAAUAAUUCACUCUGACACUGAAUUGGGUAAUGUUGCAUUUUUUUUUCAUGUUGUGUGAAUGAUCUGACUUAACAUGCAGGACCAUGGAAGACUGAAGCUGUGUCUUACACUCGUUAUUAUCCCACUUCACUUUUAAGUGCUUAGCACAGUGCUAAGCACAUAGUAGGUGCUCGAUAUUGGUCUAGUUAAAAAUAUAUUAAGGCUGUAAGCUUGUUAUAGCCUCAGGAUGUGUGUGUGUGUGUGUGUGUGUGUGUGUGUAUGUUACUAUGAUAUUUAGUUCUGAAAAUGAAACUCAUCAACACAGGCCAUGAAAGUUUAUGCACAAAUAGAUUUCAUUCUCAAAUUCAUAAAGGGUAUUCAAAUACUAGAUGUGUAAUUUUAUGGUCCCACUGUGAUUCUCUGUAUGUGUAACUACAAAGUUAAAAGCAUAAUACAAGUGUGAAAUAGUUCAUGAAUUUCUACUUCAAAAUUGAUUUUUCACCUAAACUAGUUUCUCCUGCCAAAGUGAAAUAUAAAUGUAUUUGUAUAUGUUUGGAAAAUAAAUGAUUUGUGACAUGCA